AUGUCAAAAGCAGUGGAAGUACGUCCUAUGACCUUCUAUCCGGAAGUCCUGGCGCGGAUAGCACCAGAUCUGUCUAUGCAGAGACAUUUGUCGCUGGGAUUGAGACCAAGCUUGAGAGCGUCAGAAGAAUUCAGAAACGUGGAGAUUAGCGACGGAAAGUUGUCCUGUGCAUCCAAAGAAACUGUAAACCGCUCCGGAAACAACAUUUUGGGUUCCAACGUGCUGAAAUGUGGUAAAACUAUGAUUGUUACUUCGAUAACUGGCGGUGUAGUCGAGGAAAACGUACCCGUUGAACAAGACGACGAAGAACCAGCACUUGAAAAUAGUGAUGCGGAUCGCGCCUCACAAUUUGGCUGUAUUUAUCCUGUUGUAGAAGUGGAAUGCGGCAGAGCAGGAGCUCCAACAGACGAAGAAAUGACUCUUUCACAAAGAAUCUACAACUGCUUUCUACACUCUGGGCUGCUCUCAAAGGAAGCUUUGAAGGUUAGCGUAGGCGUUAAGUCUACCAACGCCGAUGGGCAGGCGAGUAUACAAUAUCCAGACGAAAAGGACUCUACCGAUUUAGCGAAGAGUUUCAAACCUAGAAGAAAAUGGACAUAUGUCUUGUAUGCGAAAAUUCAAGUUUUCAGCCGAGACGGUCCGCUAUUUGAGCUCUGUUGGAAUUCACUAAUUUACGCAUUGCAGACGACACAACUGCCUCGGGCAUUUGUGGAUGAGCGUACUACGGACCUCAAAAUUCCGGUGAGUAUGAGAGGGCGUAGUGCCGCUAUCAGGGAGACUUUCGAUAUCCUAUGUGACCCCGUCAAAUUUCAGCCUUUGAAGCUUAAUGCAGAGAACAUAUCGUUUGCAUCAAACUUUGCAGUAAUUGAAUUAGAUCCGGAAGCACAAUUGCCCAAAGACGAUGACGACAUGCAAGUCGACUCCCCUACUUCUGUGCUUUUGGCCGACAUACAAGGCGAAGCAGAGGAAGCUUCCGUUUCGUCUAUUGUGUCUGUGGUCACAGGCACGGCUGGUAACAUGAAGCAUUUCAAGGCUAUUGGAGGUGAUUCUAAAAUAACUCUAGACAUGAUUAAGAAGUCGAUAAAAUUGGCUAAACUUCGGUCAUCCGAUCUAGAAGGAAAGUCUUAA